ACGGUCAGCGGGGGAAACCCACACCGCAGCUAGCCACGCCAUGGGGCUGUUUCUCGCUGGCUGCGGCCUGCUGCUCUGCCUCUUCAUCGGGGUCUAUUGCGCCUACAGCCGAGGAUCCAAGAAAGAACCGUUUUCCCACCAUCGCUUGUAUGAGGACGGAUUUGAUGACCCUGCCCUCUUCCUGGACAGCCCAAAGGAUUACGACUGGUUCUUCUAUGAGACUGACGGUUACGUCUACCCAACGGCCUCUCAGGCCCAGCCUCAGCCAAUCCAGACCCUCUCGAUCCCAGCUCUCAAGCAACCACCCCCUGCUCUCAAUGGGUCGCCAGGGAAGCUGGCGUCUUCCGAGGCGGGGCAAGACUCCAAGCAGCCUCAGGCAAACCCUGUGAAGCUGGAGUGCCUGUCCCCAGCCAACCUGCGCACUGGGAACUUCAUCUGAGGCUCUGGGCCCUUUCCAGGAAAAAAAAUGGGCUAUGUGCAAAUCCCUCUCCCCCACUCCUGCAGACUGAAUUCUCUAGGCCAGGGAUAGGCAGAAGGUAGGAGAGCCUAUUUACUGAUAGGCUGCUGCUGGAGAAUUUGCGGGAGAUUGGCUCCCUCAAAAAGUAAUGAGAAAAAAU